AAAAAACUUAAGGUGACCGAAGAGGUGAAAGGAAGCUGGCCAAAGUGCCAAACAUCUGCACCUCCUCCGUAAGAUUCCCAGGACAUCAGCACGCAGCCCUAAUCUUUACCACUUUUCAAAAAUAACUGGUUGUAUGAUGAGCACCUUACAACCCAAAUUAAGAAGCUUUGGGAAGUCUGGUCUAAUUGUUGAGAUGGAUGCUGCAAACAUUAUUUCCAUUGAGAAAUACCAAAAUGAAUUUCUAGCAGAUGGCGUUCCUACUUCGGACUGUUCAGGACUUCUCACAUGUAUAUUUGCUCCAGCCUAGGAGUAUAUAUGAAGAUGAUAUUACUUUGUGGUAUUAAAAAGGACAGAUGCAACAUUUUUGGAGAUUCUUUAUAUCAAGCGACGACGUCAGUCUUCCGGCGGUCAUAUUCCAAGUUCCUUACCGUUAAUUCGUUCAAUAAUUGUCCUAUUUCUUUGUCAUGACAAGCAAAAGAAGAUGGCUGUCACAUUUCACAAGAACCGCCGCGUUUUGUCCAUACUUCAAGCUAAUCAUCAGAGUAUUCUCUUCAUCCUCGUCAAAUUGCUUUCAAACUGGGGAUGCCAGCAUUUACUCGUUCAACAGAGCCAUUGAUAAACUAUUUAAGUGUGGAUCGACCGAGUCAGCCUUACAACUGUUCGAUGAAAUGCCGGAACGUGAUGUCAUCUCCUGGAACACUGUAAUUAAUGGGCUCAAUCAAUCUGGAUUUCAGAGGAAAUCUCUCUACUUUUACAAGAGAAUGAUCUCCCAAGGAAUAGUUGAGAACUCCUCCACAUUCUCCUCUGUUUUGAGUAUAUGUAACAAUGCAGGUUUUUACAGACAAGGGUUUGAGGUGCAUUGUAGAGUUAUAAUCUUUGGGUUGAAUGUUAACUUAUAUAUUGCUAGUGCACUUGUUGAUCUGUAUAUGAAAGCGGGUCUUGUAGGUCUUUCUUUGAAGUUGUUUUACGACUUACCAGAAAGAAAUUUAGCUAUAUGGAACGUUGUAUUACGCGGAAUUAGUGAUGUAGGUUGGUCAAAAGAGUUAUUAAGUGUUUACACUAAUAUGAAGUUGGCAAAUGUGGAACCUAAUGAACUUAGUUUUUGUUAUUUGCUUCGCGGUUGUGGUAGUGGGAGACUUCUUCUUCAAGGAAGGCAAUUGCAUUGUUUUGUUUUGAAGAAUGGAUGGUUAGUUAUGAAUGUGUUUAUAGCUAAUGGUCUGGUUGAUUUCUACUCUGCUUGUGGGGUCUUAAGUGAUGCCAGGGAAUUGUUUCUUGCUAUUCCACCACAAGAUGUGAUAUCAUGGAAUUCCGUGGUUUCUGUCUAUGCUUCCAAUGGUCUUUUACAUGAUGCUUUGAAAGUGUUUGGAGAAAUGCAAUAUUUGGGCAAGAGGCCAUCAGCACAAUCUUUUUUGGGACUUUUAAAUGUAUCAAGUGUGAGAAAACAUAUGCUGCUUGGAAAGCAAAUUCAUUGUUGUGUCUUAAAACUGGGACUUGAUUGUGGAAAUGUCCUUAUUCAGUCUGCAUUGAUUAAUAUGUAUGGAAAGUGUGGUCACAUUGAAGGUUCCGUGUCUUUAUUUGAGAAUGCACCUGAGUCAACUCUUGAAUGUUGCAACUCCUUGAUGACUUCCUUACUGCACCACAACGUUAUAAAGGAUGUAUUUGAACUGUUCUAUUUUAUGCUUGAUGAAAGCAUUGGAUUUGAUGAUGUAAGUCUGUCUACAGCUCUGAAGGCAUUAUCACAGUCGGCCUAUGUAAGCUUGAAUAGCUGUGGUUUGCUUCAUUGUUGUGCAAUAAAAUCAGGGUUUGAAUCCGACAUUGUAGUUUUGUGCUCCCUGAUAGAUACAUAUUCAAAAUCUGGUCACAUUAAACAGUCUGAGCAAAUUUUCAGGCAGGUUCUUUCGCCAAAUGACAUAUGCUUUACUGCUAUGAUUAACGCAUAUGCAAGGAUAGGGAAAGGAAGUGAGGCACUUACGAUGUUCGAGUCCAUGAUCCAAAAAGGCCUACAACCCGAUGAAGUAACAUUCUUGUGUGUAUUGAUUGGAUGUAGCCACUCAGGCAUGGUGAAAGAGGCAAGAACAGUCUUUGAUUCGAUGGACACAGUUCAUGGAAUUCAUCCAGACAGACGGCAUUUUUCAUGCAUGGUGGACCUUCUAGGUCGCAUAGGCCUGGUAAGUGAGGCAGAAGAUUUGAUCAAUUGUGCAGCGCUUGAGGGAGAUUGUGUCAUGUGGAGUUCACUCCUACGUAGUUGUCGUACUCAUAGAAAUGAGCAAGCUGGAAGGAGAGCUGCAGAAAAACUGAUGGAACUUAGGCCAGAUGACCCUGCUGUUUGGUUUCUAGUCUCAAACUUUUAUGCUGAAAUUGGGGAUUUUGAUGCCUCAGCGCAGAUUCGGGAGGUUGCAGUAGCCAGGAAGAUGAGUAGGCAAAUUGGCUAUAGUUUAAUUGAUAAAAGUAGGUCACGUGUAUACAGCCCCUGAAAGUUGUUACAUUUAGGUGGUAUAGCCCCAGAGAAAGGUAAUUUCUCCACUUCACAUUUCUCCAAUUCAGCUCACCUCCGCCGACUUUCUACCUUCUCCUUUUUCUUCUUCACCAGAAAUGUCUUUUGCGAUUUCCAUCAAUUGCUUCACCUCACCAUCAUAUCCAUUCUGUUCUGGAGCUCUCCUCACCAAGCCGGUGAUCAUUUUGUGCAAUUGAAGAGCUCGAGGAGUUUCUCUGCCUCUCUCAGCCGAACUGGAAGAUGAAACCACCUUCGCCGGUUGAAUCCAUCAAUGCCCCACACUUCGUGCCUCUGUCAAGGCAACCGAGCCCUCCAUUAACGGCGUUGAACUGCAAAUGAGCGCCCACACCCUCUAAUCUGAAAUGAAUUCCCGUUCAGAUGUCUUCUAUAUUCAUCCAGGUUAAUUUUAUUUUCUUUUCUUUUCUUUUCUUUUCUUUUCUUUUCUUUUCUUUUCUUUUCUUUUCUUUUCUUUUCUUUUCUUUUCUUUUCUUUUCUUUUCUUUUCUUUUCUUUUCUUUUCUUUUCUUUUCUUUUCUUUUCUUUUCUUUUCUUUUCUUUUCUUUUCUUUUCUAUAUUCAUCCAGAUUCCAGAUUAGCUUUCUUUUUAAUUUUCCUUAGAUAUUUGCUUUUUUAAUUAAUUUUAGUUUUUAUGUUGUGUGUAAAUUAACCAAACCAUGUCCCUCAAUCUCAAGUCUGCUACCAAUGUAAGCCCUAAAAGAGAUUAUUCAAACCUGUUUUGUUAGAUGUGAAUAUAACUUCAGCAUAUAACCUCAUCCAUAGUAAUCUAAUACUCCGUAUUGUUUACACUCCAAGAGAGUUCAGGUAAGAAGGCUAAGUACAGACUUGAGUCAUUUCCCUCAAUCCCUAGUACACACAUAUGUAAAUUGUAAAAGGGAUUAACCUUGUUUACAAAAAACAACUUGCAGAUUAAUUUGAAGUUAAUACCAUCUGUAGUUGGCCUUUUACUUGAGCAUGAUCCGGUUCUUAAAUUUAUACUUGCUUUUCAAUUGAGCAUGAAUUUAAUUUCACAAUGACAUCGUUUGUAUCAAAUUUUCACUCGGAGCACCAAUUUUGCAAUGAAAUUUCAGAUUUAGUCAUAGUUGAUUCAUGAAUGGUUUGAAAAUUGAAAUAUGGAGUUACUAUCUUUUUUUUACUAUUUUUUUCAUUGCCUUAUUGUCUAGGUGCUGCUCUUAUGAUGUAAUUAAACUCUAACUCCAAUUGAGCAUGAAAAGUGGUUUGAAAUAUGGACUUAUGGAGUUGAAGUUUAAUUACAUCUUUUAAGUUUUAUAUGCACGAAUGAGUAGAUAUUUUUCCUUUAUCUUGAUCAGUAUUUAAUUUAUCUAUCCGUGUUAUUAAUUUUCUUGGAAUGGAGUAAUUCACCUAAUAAUCAUUUUCUUAUGUGUUUGGGUUCUGACGCUCAUUAUAGUUCAAAUACAUUUUUCUACAAUAGUGUACAUGAGUAGUAUGAUGGCAAAGGAUACACUAAAAUCUAAGCUAUAUAAGCCUUCUGUGUAGAUUCAAAAAUCUCAACUCCCUGUUUAAUAAAGAAGAUGAGAUUUUCAUGUUAAAGGAUUAGGGGAGAGUAAAAAAUGGCUGCAUUGCUCAGUAGUAGCUUGAAUAAUGAUGGUGAUCAAGGGUCACUUGAUAUAACUGCUUCUUGAAAAUGAAUGCAGGCUGCCCUUUCCAUCUUGGCAUGGGCUCACAUGCACCUAAAGAAUAGGGCUGUUAACGAGCCGAGCCGAGCCCGAACACCUAAAGCUCGAGUUCGGCUCGAUAAGGAAUUAAUGGUGUUCGGGUUCGAGCUCGAAGCUCGACGAGCUUUACAAAUGAGGUUCGUGUUCGGCUCGAUAGGCGUUCGAUGUUCGAAUCGAGCGCUCGAUAAGCUCGAUAAAUAUGGUCGAAUUUAAAAUUUUAGGUGAUGCUCGUUAAUAGGCUCGUGCUCGAAUGAUUCGACAAGUAUUCGGUUCGUUAAUAAACAUAUUUAAAUUCAUAAAUUCAUACUAAUUAUAUUUAAAUUUUGAUUAUAUAUAAAUUAUAUUUAUAAUUUCUGGGUGUUCGAUAGGCUCGAGUUCGAACCGAGCCGAAUACUACUAUGUUCGAGCUCGGCUCGAUUAAUUUUUCGAACUUAAAACUCAGCUCGGGUUCGAGUUCGAAAGCUCGUUAAGCUCGGCUCGUUAGGUUCGAAACCGAGCUCGAGCUCGAAUAGUUCGAUAAAAGCUCGGUUCGUUAACAGCCCUACUAAAGAACUUCAAAUCUGUUGCUGAGAAUUACAGGCUGCCCUUUCCAUCUUGGCAUGGGCUCACAUGCACCUAUAGAACUUCAAAUCUGCUGCUGAGAAUUACAGCCUUGGAAGUUGUUCUUUCUUCCUGAUGGUGCAAGAGUGCAACAAAUUAUUGGAAUUUAUGUGCAAGUAGUACUUAAAUAGAGGUUUUGAGCUACGACAUAUAUAAUAUGCAGCUUUGGUCUUGCUGCGAACAAGAAUAGCUGCAACUUGAGACAGGUGGUUGGUCAGGGAUGGAGGAUUAGGAGAAGGGGGCGGUGGAUGCGGAGUCCAUGGGAGUUCAGGAUGGAGAUGUGGGUGAUGGUUGGAGGAGGUCUGAUGGUGGUGUUGGAUGAAGUUCACAGGAAGUGAGGAGCAUAAUCUAAAUUUUCUUCGGCCAGUGACCUAUGAGGAGGUUUGGAGUGCCGUGUUUACUAUGCACUCAAGCAAAUCUCCUGGGCCAGAUGGACUUAGUUCGGGUUCCUGCCAAUAUUUUUGGGAUGUAGUGGGUUCGAACAUCGUUGGGUACUGUAGGAAUGUCUUUGAGUAUGACAAGUUACCAAACAGGAUAAAUCAUACUCAUCUUGUUCUCAUCCCGAAGAAGUAAGGGGGCUCGGUUUUAGAAGAGUUAAACAUUUUAAUCUUUCCAUACUUGGUAAGCAAGUCUGGAGAUUAUUGAUGGAAUCUAAUACGUUGGUUGCUAGGAUCUAUAAGGCACAAUUUUAUCCUAAGGCCUCAUUUCGGGAAUCAAGUAUUGGGAGCAAACCGUCUUUCAUAUGGAGGAGUAUUUGGGAGGCUAAACUGGUUGUCUUGGCAUGGUAUCAGUGGUGUAUUGGGGAUGGCAAGUCAGUUCACAUAUGGGAUGAUCCAUGGCUACCAAGUCUAGAGCAAUUGAGAGCACAAUCUACUCCAAUCCAUGGCCUGGAGAACUGUCUGGUGCAGGGACUAUUUUACCCGGGGAAGCGCUGCUGGGAUACUGAUGUGGUGCGGGACCUCUUGGAGCCACGCGACCAGAACUUGGUAGAAAGCAUUCCAGUGGGUUGGACGAGUGUACCUGAUCGUAUUGUGUGGGAUUGGGAGGAAAAUGGCCAGUUUUCAGUAUGAAGUUGUAACAUGUUUCUAAUGGGGGAAUUCGAUUCGGAAGGUUGGAAGGGGUGGACUAAAAUUUGGAUUUUUUAUCCCACCUAAAGUUAAAGUUUUCUUCUGGCAGUGCUCGGGUUGCUUACCCACUGCCGAUAAACUUCAGGCGAGGAGGGAAAGGCCAGGCCAGUGUGUUUUUUGCAGAGACGAGGGGGAACUACAAGGUAUGUUUUUGCAGAAUGCAGCAGGGCGAGUGAAGUUUGGCAGCAGGUGGACGGCUUCAUCAAUAUUGAGUUGCAGGCUUCAUUUUGGAGUGGGUUGAACAAAUUUUCCUAUCAAAAAAAUGAGGAAUGCUUCAUUUUAAAAUUCCUUUUAUUUUAUUCUUCACAUCCAGGGUUAUGCAUUGGAUCAUUAGAUAGGAACCCAAAGAUAAAUAGAGAAACAAAAAUGAGCUAAUUAAAACA